AAAGAAGCAGAAAGGAAAGGAAGGAAGCGCAACAGACAGAACCGUCGCCCUUGGUUCAAUCAGUCAUCUUUUAUUGUGCGAAAGCCACUAAUCACCAGGUAAUUCUGCUACUUUCUUCAACUCACACUCCCCAGAAUUUCAAAUUCUGAAGUUCGAACCUUUUUUCCCUCAAUAUCGUCAGAUCAACAACCUUCCCUUCCUUUUCUCUUACCAUAGCAGCAAGCUCUUUCAAUUCUCGAUCUUGCCUCCGAAUUCUGCAGCUCCACUGGCUGUAAAAUCUGAGAUAUAGAUAUGCAUAGCAUCGCGAAGAAAGUAGCAGAUCAGUCAUUCAAGAAAGCUACUCUCUCCAAGGCAGAAUAUGGGUCCUUGUUAAUUGCAUCAUUGAAAUCCAGACAUGGUACCAGGGUCGCUCUCGGUAAGAAACAAAUAUCAAAGAAGACAGUCACUCGUCCUCCAAGUAAGGUGAUCCGGAAAGGUAUUAGGUCUAGAAAGUUGGUCCGAGGUAAGAGUGUGCGCAAAGCACUUCAUAAAAGGUCCGGAAAGAAGUCAGCACCGUCUACUUCCAUAUGUUUUGAGUUGAAUGACAAGAAUGCUAACAAGGAGACUACCAAGAGAAAAUUCAAAAGGAGAAGGAUAGAUGGAAGGCGAAUGACUAAGGUAGAGCUAGAUGAACCAUCACAGUUGCAAAGGAGAACAAGGUAUUUAAUGAUUAAAAUGAAGAUGGAGCAGAACCUUAUAGAUGCUUACUGUGGAGAAGGAUGGAAAGGCCACAGUCGAGAGAAGAUCAGGCCAGAGAAGGAACUACUAAGAGCCAAAAAACAGAUCUUGAAGUGCAAACUUGGAAUACGGGAUGCAAUCCGCCAGCUUGAUUUGCUUAGUGCAGUUGGAUGUAUUGAAGACUCAGUUAUGGCCCCAGAUGGAUCAGUAUCCCAUGAAUAUAUCUUCUGUGCAAAGUGCAAAUCAAAUGAAGUAGUCCAAGAUAACGACAUUAUACUCUGUGACGGGACAUGCAAUUGUGCCUUCCAUCAAAUGUGCCUUGAACCUCCACUUCACACCGAAAACAUACCCCCUGGAGACCAAGGAUGGUUCUGCAAGCUUUGCGAACGUAGAAUGGAGAUCAUAGACCUAAUGAAUGCACACCUUGGGACCGAAUACUCAAUGAAUUGCGAAUGGCAGGAUCUUUUCGAGGAAGAUGCAGCAGCUCCUGAUGGUGCGAAUACUUUAACACUUGAAGAAGAAUGGCCUUCAGAUGACUCUGAAGAUGAAAAUUAUGAUCCAGAAAGGAAGGAAAAUAGCAUGAGUGGUGCAGGAACGGACAAUGAUGAGUCGGAUAAUGCUAGCAGCUCCACUAGCUUGGGUUGGUCUUCAGAUGAUGAAGCUAUUUCUGGAUCCAGAAGAUGGCAUGUCGAGGGAAUGGGGUUCAGAAACCAGUCAAUAUAUAGUAGCUUAGAUUCUGAUGAAUCCAGUGAUGUUGAAAUCAUGUGCGGCCGCAGAAAGCGCAGAGCAGUUGAUUAUCGGAAAUUGUAUGACGAAAUGUUUGGGAAGGAUGCUCCUGUAGCUGACCAACUUAGUGAAGAUGAAGACUGGGGUCCUAACAAGAGGAAAAAGAGGGAAAAGGAGUCAGAUGCAGCUAGCACGCUUAUGACUCUCUAUGUAAGUAAAAGACAAAGGAAAAAGGCGGAGACUUUGGAAGGAGAAAAGGAAUUUCCUCAAGAUUCUCGAGCUCGAAGGGCACUAUCUAGAAUUCCCCCCAGUGCAGUUGAGAAACUACGUUUAGUUUUUGAGGAAAAUGAACUUCCUUGCACAACAGUUAAACAGAAGCUUUCAGAAGAGUUAGGUCUUGAAAUGGGAAAGGUCAGCAAAUGGUUCAAGAAUGCACGAUACCUGGCAUUGAGAUCCAGAAAGAGUCGGACGGACAAAACACCAGAGUGCAGUGAUUCCAACCCUAAGAUUUCUGGUGAAUCAACAGGAAAUGAAAAUAAGAGUGGAGGCGCUGAAAUUUCAGAUGUCGAAACUGAACCUGGGUUACAUACAACGAGGACUUCAAAAGAUGUGCUCCCAAAGAAGAAGCUAUUAUCUAAUUGCAUGCUGAAGGAACCUGAUCCAACAGAAGUUUCCCUUGAAUCAAAGGCGGGAAAUAGUGAGAUAGAAGUCCAAAAGUGUGAUGAUCCGAGCUUGAAGACUCUGCCAGAAGAGAAAUCAAGUGUAGGGAAGAAGCAUUCCGACUCAAAUUUUCCAGAGUCUCCAUUUCAUGAACUGGCUGAGAGUGAGAUGGAAAGACUUUGUAGAGCCAAAGACACCAUAGACAACAUGAGGGAGUUUCUGGUGAGUCUGCCGAUCAGCAAACGUAGGAGGUCCAAGACCCAUGUUCUUCAAGAAAGAGUGGUUUAUGUGCCUACUGCCGAGCUAAAGGAGAAGAUUAUGACAAUUGGAUAAACUCAGCUUAGCCUUUGCAGAUAGCACUUUUUUCUCUAUCGACAGCUAGGCAUUGAAGGUUGAAGUUUAGAAAUUUACCAAAUUUAUUAAAGUUAUCAGUAGGAUAGCAGUUUGAGAUGCUCACUAACCAGUUGUAACAUUUUUUACCAAGCAUCCUGCAUUUUGGGAUAUUUUUUAGGUCAGCAUAUAUGAAGGCAUUGUCAAGGCUUUUUCUAAACCUCUGUUAGUCUAUGUUGUGUGUUGUGUAUAUAAUGAAGUGGAAGUUAUUGCAAUAAAC